CCUACCAACGAAAUUUCCGAAUGAAAGCUGGUCGAUCACAUCCGUUGGUGGUCCUAAUAAUACAACGAUAUUUCUAUUUGGUGGGGACAACAAUCACAGUAGCGUAUACGCUAUUGACAUUAAAAACUUUAAUGAAAAUUAUUACAAUAGUGUAUACAACAUCGAUCCCAUAAUUACUGGAAAUUUGCCAGAACUGAGAAGAAUUGGAACGAGUUCAGUUACAAACUCUUUAGGACAAAUAUUAAUAUUUGGUGGAUAUAGAAUCAAGAACGAUACAUUAACUUGGUAUAAUGAUACGAUUGUUUUAGAUACUGUUAAAUUAUCAUGGUCAAUUUAUAUAAAUGCUCCAAUAUCGAGAUCAGGGCAUACAGCCACUUUACUGAAUGACGGAAGAAUCUUGUAUAUUGGUGGUUUUGAUAGUAGUUUCAAUUAUGUGCCAAUGGAUCAGGCAAGUUUUAAGCAAAUUUCAAUAUAUGAUACGAAUACUUCAAGUUGGAAUUUAUCCCUCGCAAAUGGUUCUAUCCCGAGCGGCCGUUCAGAACAUUCAGCAGUGUUGGUAAAUAAAGGUGCUAAGAUCAUCAUCUGUGGAGGAUUUCGACAGGAUUCGAUUUCGCCAACACCAUCACUUGCCAUUCUUACAAGCGAAAAAGUCUUUACAUGGGUCCAACAGAUGGUUACUGGGAGUAUACCUCCGAUAUUAUACUCACAUACUGCUAUAUUAGUUGAAGAUUUAAUGGUGGUAGCAUUAGAAAAUACAACUGAAUCGCGACAACUUCUGGAUAGAUUUGAUUUAAACAUUUACAUAUUAAAUGUCACAAAUUUCACUUGGUUAACAACAUUUACACCUCCAGAUGUUUCCGCCAUCGCAUUGCCAGACAUCCCUUCUCCAAAUGUGUAG